CGAAGUAAGUUAUUAUGCACAUUAAUGGUCCAGGAGGUGUUCAGAUGGACAAACCUCCAGCACACAGUUCCUCAGACUCCUUGGAUUAAUAAGUCAGGAAUUUUUCCUAAUCGUCUAAAUAUGGAUCAACUAAAAUUCGACAAUAGACGUGAAUUAGUUUCUUUGCUAGAAGAUGUUGUAUCACAGAAAAUAGAAAAUACAGAAAAUCAAAUACUAUCUACCGAUAUGCUGGAUUCAAAUGAAGAAAUAAGUGUACAUCAGGAAUUUCCGAUCAAGUUAGGUUGGGCACUAAAGGAAAAUCAAAAAGUUGGAAAAAAGGGAAGUAGUAAAAGAAUUAAUAAGCACAUUGUAGCACUUCUGGAGGGGUAUUUUUUAGCAGGAAAUUUAAAUAAAAGUGAUAGAUAUAGCGCGCAGGAAAUGUGGAAUGAACUUACGAAAUUGAUAGAGGAACUAUUCAAAAUUGGAUAGCCAGGUAAGCCGCUCAACAUAAACAAAAUAUGGCAGGCUGGACAAUCGGUGUAUACUGUAAAUAAUGUUUUAAUAAAAAAUAUCAAGUUUGUGACUGUUACGCCUCUUGUAACUGCAUAAAUAUAGCGUUUUUUAAGCCCGCGUC